AUGCCGGGAUAUUACUAUCGGGCCACAGAAACCGAGGCUUUCGGUUACAUGUCCAUAGAUGUGCCGUCUGAUCUUGAAGCUGGUCCCUGGCAGAGGAUGCAUCGCUGUGGGGCCGAAGUAUUCGAAACUCUCAUCAAGGGUGGCCUCAAACAACCGAAUGCCUCCAAACUAUUGACACCGACGUCCUUCCCACAAGAAUCGGCAAUCAUCAAAAUGACAAACGAUACCACUAGGGAUAGCCGCCAUACGGCUCUUGACGAUGGAUCAUUCACAGUAUCAGGAGCAUAUGACAAAUAUGCACCUAGUCAGGCAGUCAAACUGGAGACAAUUGGCGAGGAAGCUCUUGCCAUUGAUCCUGUCAUUGAGAAGAGGGUGCUCCAGAAAAUCGAUCUCUUCUUGAUGCCAGCCAUGGUCAUAGGCUAUGGUUUGGUUUACUAUGAUAAGGCAAUUCUUGGCAGUGCUGCGUUAUUCGGAAUGACUGGUGACCUGCAUCUUUCAGUUGUCGAUACCUCUUUCACCCCGCCAAAGACCGACACAACACGACUAAGUUGGGCAACUUCGAUAUUCUACUUUGGUCAGCUGAUAGGUUCGUAUCCAAUGACGUAUCUACUUCAACGCUUCAAUACCAGAUGGACACUUGGCCCCGUGGUCAUGAUUUGGGCAGUCAUUUGUGCUGCGACAGCGGGAGUGACGACUUGGCAAGGUCUCCUGGUUCAAAGAUUCUUCUUGGGUUUCACCGAGUCUGUCAUUCCAACAGCUUUCAUGACUACCGUCAGCGGCUAUUACACCCAAAGAGAACAAGCACUCCGCCAGAGUUGGUGGUUUUCCGGAACUGGCUGGUUCACCAUCAUUGGAUGCGCUCUCAACUACGGAUUCGCCCAAAUACAAGGAGGCGCGUUGACUCCAUGGCAGUACAUCUAUGUACUUGCUGGAGGCUUAACGUUCCUAUUUGGUAUUUGGUGUUUCUUCCUACCCAACUCUCCCCUGACCGCCUGGUUUCUCACUCCGGAAGAGCGAGCUGUCGCAAUUGAGAGAUUGCGUCAGGGACAAACUGGAGUUAAGAAUCAAAACAUCAAGACUGCUCAGAUCAAGGAAGCACUACUGGACGCCAAGGUCUGGCUAGUCGCCUUGACCAUGGCCUCGGGGUAUAAAGUCAAUGGAGCUGUAUCUGGGUUCGGUCCCCUCAUCGUUUCGACGUUCGGAUACUCGGCUUUAGACAGCAUUCUUUUUCAAUUCCCGCUAGGUGCAAUUUGCGCCAUCGGUAUCCCCGUCGCUGGAUGGCUCUGCUCUAAAUACCGCAAUAUCCGGAUCCCAGUACUGAUAGGAUGCACUCUCCCAGUCAUUGCGGGCUUUGUUAUUAUAUGGAAGUCAGACUGGGGCCAUCGUCCCAUUGCCCCUGUUGUCGGAUACUCACUUAUUGGCUUCUUUGGGCCGGUCGUCAGCUUGACGGUCACCCUUGGGGCCAGCAAUGUUGCAGGAGAAACCAAAAAAAGCUUCAUGGCUUCUGCCGUAUUUGUCGCAUAUUGCGUUGGAAACAUAGUUGGGCCUCAGCUUGUGAAGAGCGAGACUAAACCCCAACAUUAUCCUCAGCUAUGGACGGGGUUGAUUAUUUGCUACUGCAUCACUAUUCUGUCUUCUUUGGGCCUCUAUGUUAUCCUCUAUAGAGAAAACAGGAGACGGGAUGCUCUCGGCCUAGACGAAAAUGAGCGGGAUAGACUCGCAUUCAAGGACUUGACCGAUAAGGAAAAUGAGCACUUUAGAUACGUUCUGUAG